AGAUGUUUAUUAAACCAAUAAAAUUUGCUUUCCAUUAGAGGUUCAUAAUGACAGAGGAACCAGAAUGUCAGUUGCGUAGAAGGCGUUCGUCUGCUACUUCAAACAUUCAAUUAAAUUUGGACGUGGGCUAUCAAAUCAAUGAAGGUCAACCCGCUGAAGAUACGCCAUCUCCGAGCACUGCUAAAGUAUUAGCAAAGAGAUCCUCAUCAGCGGCUUUUAUGGAGUUUAAGAAUAAGCAGCAGUCUUUUGAUAUCCAGAUCGAAGAAUGUGAGGAGGAAGAAAUUUUAGUGGAUUCAGAAGACGAAGAAGAAAGCACAGUUUCUGGAAUAAACCGGUCUCUCACACCAGUUCCCAUACAAGACUUCGCCGCUAACGUCGUUUAUACAGAAGGCCCUCAAGCUACUGAUUUCUUGAGAGUGAAGACAACUGAAGGCGAUUGCUACACUGAUGUAUCAGAUGCAGACACCGAAGAAGAAGAAGAAUGAGAUCAAAUCUGUUUAUAUUCACUAAAAUUUAUUUAUUAUUUCAUAUCAUAUUAUACAAUUACGUACUUAUUAUUUAUUGCAAUGUAAUUGUAAUCGUAGAAAAUUUAGUAAAACUCACCAAGAUUUAAUAUCAAGAUACAAGUUUUAAACUUAU